AUGGAUAACCUGAUCAGUCAAGGAGGGUACGGGGAGGUGUACAAAGGAACUUUCAACGGACUCUCAGUCGCAGUUAAGAGGAUGUUGCCAGCACACCGCAAGAGCGUCGCCCACGUCAACAACUUCUUGGCUGAAGUCAAACUAAUGGCAUCACUUGACCACUCACGUAUUGUUCAAUUCGUGGGUGUCGCGUGGGAUGCGCUUAGUGAUGUUUGUGCCAUUAUUGAGUUCAUGGAUGGUGGGGAUUUGAGAGGACUGCUCACGUCGUAUCAUAAUCACCACCAUCCCGUUGGCUUCGACUGUGACAAAGUGAAGAUCGCUCUGCAUGUUGCGCACGCUCUCACAUAUCUCCAUUCCUUGAGUCCUGUAGUGAUCCAUCGCGAUCUCAAGUCGAGGAAUAUUCUACUCACAUCGGAUCUAGAUGCCAAGUUGACGGACUUCGGUGUGUCUCGCGAACGUGUAGACCAUACGAUGACGGCUGGAGUGGGUACGUCGUUGUGGAUGGCACCGGAAGUUCUCAUGGGAGAACGGUACGACGACAAGGCCGAUAUUUUCUCGUUCGGGGUAGUGUUGUCGGAACUGGAUCUGCAGGUUCUGCCUUACUCUCAUGCCACUGACAGCGAUGGAUCAGGCCACCGUAUGCGUGACUUGGCGAUUCUCCAGCGGAUGGCAAUGGGGAAGUUGCGUGUCCAGUUUUCGUGCGACGCAUUGGCGUCGAUGGUCGAUCUGGGGAAUGCGUGUGUUUCCUUGGCCCCGAAAGACCGACCGACUGCGGCUGAAGUGCUGUACAGGCUACAGACAAUUCAACGUGACGAACGGCUACCAGCUUCAACAUGAUCCUUCGUCGAGAACCGAUAUUGCUGUGUUGUGUUAUCUCCAGAUAUUCGAUCUUAAUAGGAGUUGAGGUACACCCUCUCGGUAAGAACCUUAUUCGUGUAGUAGUGGUGAAUAGUAUCCAUUAAUUUGAGGCUAACACGUAGAACCCUACAUCUUUUCUA